AUGAGCACCCUCGACGCAUUCAUCACUCACUCAAAGCCGCCUCCCACACCUAUCGCUACCUCUCUCGAAAUCCGGGAUCGCGCCUCCAUCUUCGUCGGGACCAUUUUCCGCGCGUCCUCGCUCGCCGACGUGCAUCGCUGCGUCGCACACGUUAAGCAUGUAACGCACGGUGCGCGCCCAGCGACACACGAAAUGCACGCGUGGCGCAUUAUGCAGACGAAGGCUGGUCGGACGGGGCUCGGGGGUCCAGACGACUUCGAAUUAAACACUGGGAGCAAGGAUGACGGCGAGCAGUGGGCGGGAAAUAGGAUCUUGAGGGUCAUGGAGGCACAAGGGGUGCUGGACGCGGUUGUUGUGGUCAGUCGAUGGUAUGGCGGCACCAUGCUUGGUCCCACACGCUUCGAUCACAUCGAAACUUGCGCAACAGAGGUCUGCCAGGCAUUCAAGAAGAAGGUGGAGGCUGAAGAGUUUCUCAUCACCCUCACGACUCUCGACGAUCUUCUGGCGGAGCUACGCGCCCAACUUGCGGAGAAGAAACGCCCGCCAGACUAUGCGUCCUGGAUCGAGAACGACAUCCCACGCGCCAGGAAGCUCAUACGCGCGCGCGAGCUCUCGAUCAAGGCGGUCAAGAAUGCGCUGGCGAAGUUUGACGCGGAGAAGGAGGAAGAGGCGGAAGCCAAGGCGGACCACCCCUCCACAUCAGCAGCGACGACGUCAGAUAGCACGAGCCGCUGA